GCAUUAUAAUGUGCGUGUGUAUUAAUGAUGAAACAUCGCGUUCUUGUUUUCAUAGCGGAAUAUUCAGUUUAGUUGAAGUAACCGUCCUGAUAACCACGACAGAUUUAUAAAUAUUGUCCGUGGGUACAUGUACCUACGCACAUAACGUAAAAAUAUACGUAAUUAUUUUAAUUUUUUUCUUUUUUUUUUUUUUUCUUAAAUUGUUAUCGAAACGAUUUCCAUCGGUUUUUCAUUUCUCAAACAUUAAGAAACCACGGCGUUUUGAGUGCUCGGUCCCGUUGUUAUACAAUAAAACACCUGUACCUAUAUUACAACCCACCUACGUUUGCGGUGCGAAAAAACAAAUAUGAGUAAGUUUUUGUUAAAGUUUUUUCGAUAAAUAUAUUAUAUGUAUAUUGCACGGGAAGGGGGAGGGGUGAUUCGGGACAAUUCGGGUUAUUCGCACAAUAACCCAACGGUUCCGGGCGAAAUUCGCGUUUUGAAUGUUAAAUUCUCGAAUCGAGAAAAUUAUCGUGCUCGUGUUUGGCCGCGAGACAUCGAGACAAAUCCGUACGGAAGUUAUUAUGCGCUUGUAAACAAUGAAUUCGUGAUCGUUCCGGUCGUGAAAAACCCGACAACCCCGUCGUGUUUUUAACGAAAUUUCAAUCGUAAAACAAAAAAAUUUUAGCAUUUAGCAUCCAAACAUUAUGGGUUAACACAUAAAAUAGCUCUACCCUCGGGAAAAAAAAACCGGUAAAAAAAUAUCGUGUAUAGAAUUGAAUUUUUUCUCGGCCCAAUUCGUUUCGAAAUUGAUUUUUUUACGAACACAAUAAUUCAAAAAUAUUUUUAAUUUUUUUUUUUUUUUUGUUUCUCGGCAACUGUUGAAAAAUAUUUAUCCGUUUGGCGUUAUUGUACCGAUUCGUCCGGUUUUAAAUCGAUUUAAACAAACUGAAAAUUCGCGUGUGCUGUACUACCCGUCCGUUGCAUUUUAUACGGCCGAACGGCGGGUUUUUUGCUCUAAAACACGUGUAACGUAAUAUUGUUAGAUACGUCUUUCAAUUGGCGUAGCUGUUAAAACGAUUGUGUAUAAUAUACCGCUGCGUACCGUUGAGACAAUGAUGAUUAAAAACUAAUAAACGUCCAGUAGACCGGCGUGAGAAUAAUAAUGAUAAUAAUAAAAACCUAGUGCAAUAAAAACGUUAGUUUCAAACGACAUUGAUCUUCGGUAAGACAUCAGACGUCUAUAUUAUUGUCGUAAAUCAAUAAUGCCCGUUACGUUAGGCCGAAAUGUAAAAUCCAAUACGCAAUUUAUUGACGGUUGAACUACGUAUAUUAUGUUGAUUAUGCGAAUACUCGAUUUCGUUCAGAAAUCUAGAACGGUACAAAUUAAUUUAUUCGGGGUUUUCCGAGUGGCCCCAAGCCCGACGGAAUGCCCGCCGAAACCGUACAAGUACAUCGUGUAGUGUGACAUUUUAAACGCUUCAAACGUAUACAAUUUUAACAUUUUUAUUUUUUUUUUUUCGAUAACGUAGCAUUACAGAGAAAUUCGCCACACGAAUCAAUCCGAUUUUGCAAUUUUAUUUUUUAUUUACACAUAAACGUAUUCGUCCGAGACUAAAACCGAUAUGAUUAAUAAUGGUUUUCGUACAUUUUUCGGUUCAACUAACCGUUUAAUUAUUGUUCGUUACGUUUAUGGUUUGUACAAAACGGCUUAUUCUGUUCUUUAAAAAGUACAAUUGAAAAGAAAAUGUCUAAUCAACAAGUGUUUAAACGGGAAAAAUUAGCAUUUAAGAAUCUAAAGACGAAAUUGUAUAGUUAACAAAUAUUUGAUAGUAUAGCGUCGAUGAUAAAACCAUUUAUUACACUCUAUAAUUGUAUUUUCUAACCAGAAACAAUGGCGUUCACGUAAUGCCGGUCAAUCGUUUCGCAGAGACGGUUUUUGCGAUUCUAUUGACAAUGGUAUGACAAAAGUGCCGAAUUUUGAAUUGUAGCGGUCGUGUUCUAGGGGUUGCGUUUUAAAGGGCCGGCAUUAUAUUAGUAUUGUAUUCUUGAUAAUUGGAAAUAUAUUUCUGAAAAAAUAUAGACAUUGUUAGCUCAUAUCAUUAUUCUCCCGAGCUUUAUAGGUCAGGUUAGGCCGGGUCAUAAAAAACAAAAUAUUGCGCUUCCUAUACAUUAGAAAAAACAAAAACAAAAAGUCCAACGUCGAUAUUACAUUACAUAUUUCGACGUGUUAGCGCUGUUAUCAAAUCGAUUUAAUCGAAUUUGAUUAGCCAUAACUAAUACGACAACAAAUUAUUUGAUCGUUUUGCAGACGCCAAAAUGGAGACGACUGAUUGUGAACCAGAAAUCAACACGCGGCGACACGUUUACCAAGUGGACGUGUCAGCCAACAUUAAUGCGACGAUGAUCGAGCGACCGGUCACCAAGUGUAAGAAAAAACGGAGAUGGACAGAUUUCGUGCGUACGGUGAUACCUUCGAUUGACUGGCUGUUUCUCAACUACCGUUGGUCCGAAGACCUUAUGGAGGACACGAUGGCGGGAAUCACGGUGGCCGUCCUCAACAUACCACAGGGCAUGGCCUACUCCAUCCUGGGCAACGUCGAACCCACUGUCGGCCUGUACAUGGCCGUGUUCCCCGUGUUGAUAUACGCCCUGCUAGGCACGUCCCGGCACAUAUCGCUCGGCGUGCUGUCCGUCGUGUGCCUGAUGACCGGCAAAGUGGUGGCUACCUACUCCACUGACACCACUAUUGACCCGAACGGUUACAGUGCCAUCCAAGUAGCGACGGCUGUCACGAUGGUGGUAGGCCUGGUUCAGCUGCUAAUGUACGUGUUCCGGCUGGGCAUGCUGUCCACUAUACUGUCCGAGACGCUGGUCAGUGGGUUUACCGCGGCCGUGGCCGUCAUUGUGUUUACUUCGCAGCUGAAAGAGCUGGUGGGACUGAACACACCCAGGCGGCGGGGGCUGCUGAUGGUGCCGAUAACGUACAUCGAUUUCGUGACGAACUUCAACUCGAUCAAUUGGGUCACGACCUCGGUGUCCGUGGUAACCGUCUCGUCGCUACUGAUUUACAACGCGUAUUUCAAGGAAAAAAUCAACAAGAGUCUGUGCAUGCCACUGCCGAUCGAACUGAUGGUGACCGUCUUGAGCACGGUACUUUUCCAAGUGACCACCAUAGCCGAAGACAAUAAAAUGGUUCAGGUACGCCCGAACGACGCAUUUUUUUUUUUGUUUAUACGCUUGGACACUAUUGAAAAUCAAUAUUUGUAGGCUAAUACUGGUAAACUUUUGUAUCAUUUACAGAUGGGAGAAAUAAAAUCGGGUCUGCCCAGCUUCGAGGUGCCACCCUUGAAACUGUUUCCCAUGGUGUUAUUGGACGCCUGUAUAAUCGCCGUGGUCGCAUACUCCAUCACCAUGUCGCUGGCGUUGCUCGUGUCGGAAAAGUUGAAGUACCCACUGGACACCAACCAGGAGCUGUUGGCCCAGGGAAUCGGCAACGUGGUCGGAGCGUUUUUCUCGUGCCUGCCCAGCGGCGCUUCGCCGUCCCGUAGCGCUUCGCAGCAGACUGUCGGCGGCAAGACCCAAAUGGCCAGCAUAGUGUCGGCCGGUAUCAUCGUCGUGGUCCUGCUUUGGGUCGGUGUCCUUUUCGAACCUCUGCCGCGGUGCAUACUGUCCAGCAUAGUGGUCGUGGCCCUCAAAGGCAUCAUAUUACAAAUAUUCGACUUGCCACAGAUAUGGAAAAAAUCCAAAUCGGACGGCAUCAUGUGGAUCGUUACCUACCUGGCCGUCAUUAUGAUGGACAUCGACUACGGUCUGUUGAUCGGCGUCAGCAUAUCGCUGUUGUUUGUGUUCAUCAAGGGCGUCCUGAACGAAGUGCACGUGCUCGGCAGGUUGCCGAACACCGACCUGUACAUGCGACUCGACUUGUACGGCAACGCCGUGGAAGUGCCCGACGUCAAGAUACUCCGGUACUCCGGCAGUCUGAACGUGAUCAACAGGUACAUGUUCAAGAGGAAACUGUUAAAGGAAAUCAACAGCAACGGCAUCGGUAUGCCCAUCACCGUGGCCGUCAUCGACAGUAAAACCGCGACCGCCGCCAACAACUUCCGCACGCCGGGCGUAAUCGUCGACAUGGCCGGUCUUCAGUACGCGGAUUUGUCGGGCGCCAAAGUGUUGUGCGAGCUAAUCGAAUCUCUGAUCGCCGACCAAUUCGAAAUAUAUCUGGUGGCCGUGCCCGACAUUUCGCUCAAGUACAUCCGCAACGAUCACGGGCUGAAGUCGGUGCGGUUCUUCCCGACCGUGCACGACGCCGUCGUCUUCCACCAGUGUACCAAAAAGUCCCAGGACAACGAUUUAAACAACGCGUACAGUCCGAAACUACGGAUGGACUGAACGUUCGAAAAAGCGAGCGGGUAUCCGCGAGCAAGAACGGACCGUAAACACUUAUAGGUAUCUUAUAUUAUUAUACUCGUUUUAUGAAAAAAAAAAAAAAAAAAGAAGAAGAAGAAAACCAACGACCGAGUAUUUCACAAACGCGUUUGAUAUUUUUGUAAUUUUACGACCCGAAAGUUAUUUUAUCAUUUUACAGUGCCAUUUAACAAUAUACCUACUAUUUUUAUAAUUGUUUUUUAAUUGUAUAUUAUAAUCAUCACUAUAGCGUAAUUUAUUGUAUACUAUAUAUUUUAUAAUAAUAAUGUGGUCUUAUAAUUAAUUUUGUACGUUAAUAAAUUAUAUACCAUGUAGAGAAUAGUUUUGUAAUUAUUAUAAAUAUUUCGUGUUAAAUAUCGAUAUAUAUAUAUAUAUAUAUAUACAUAAUAUAUCCUAGUGUAAGUUGUACACUAUUAAACGUAUAUAAUACAGCCAGAUUGUAAUUUUUUUAAAUAUUUAAAAUAUUAUUAAUUGUAAAUUGACAAAUAGAAAACAUUUAAUGUUAUUAUUAUUAUGUAUAUCGUAAGAAGAAAGGUAUUAAUUUUGUAUUGUUCGAAUUAAAUAUUAUUGUGUUUUGUAAAGUGUAAAAUUUAAUGUUAUAAUAUAUUACGGUAUUCGUUGUAACGAUGCGACGAGAUAACAAAUGUAAACAUCGUUGUUUUGUCAUUUGUGUUUUGUUUCCGUGAACAUUAUGUACGAACCCGAUGAACUCGAGAAAUUUAAAAAAUGUAAACAUUAUCUUCGGUUUUACUCCACCAUUUACUGUACCUAGUCAACGUAAUAUUUCAACAAAAUGUUGAGUAGGUGGCCCCUAAUGAGAAAUUACUAAUUAGAGCCAUCUAAAAUUGUGGUUUACCUACAUGGUUGACGGGAGUGCCACGCAGGGACGGACCUAGAACAAUAUAACGGGAAAGGAGAACGGCAUGGGAGCCCGUAAAAACUAAGUUCGGUAGGUAUAACCAUAGGCAGAAAUCGGUAGGUGCUUAAGGGGGAGGGGGGGGCUCAGUAAAUUUUUUUCGUCACAAAAAUAUAUAUUCCUCUCCCCCUCCCCAUAAAAUGCAAUUAAAUAAUUAUAAUACAAAUAAAAAUUCAUCUUUUUCGUCUUUUUUGGAUGUAAAUUAAAUAAUAAAAAUGCUUUAAGGUGUUUAUCAGAAAACCUAUUUUUAAUCGCCAUUAUUAUUGUCUUAUUUGUAUUUAUAAUAAUAAUAAAUAGAAACAUGUAGCUAC